AUGGCGGAGCUCGGCGCUCACCUCACGGCCGCCUCGGCCGGCGACGACCGGCCCUCCAUCUUCGAGGCGGUGGCCCAGGACAGCCUGAUGGCCGCCGUGAAACCCGCCCUGCAGCACCUGGUCAAGGUGCUUGCUGAGUCUAAUCCUGGCCGAUACAGCUUCCUCUGGCACUGGUUUGAUGAGAUCUACAUCCUCCUGGAUCUGCUGCUCCAGCAGCACUAUCUGGCCAGGUGCAGCGCCUCCUUUUCUGAAAACUUUUAUAGCUUAAAGAGGAUACCGAUAGGAGGAGAUUGCAGACAGCAACCUCUGGCCACUGCUGGCCUGCCAAAGAGGCAGCACUGGAAGUCUCUCCUUUUGCUGGUUCUUGUUCCUUACCUGAAAGGAAAGCUAGAGAAACUGGUGUCCAGCCUGCGGGAAGAGGAUGAGUACUCCAUCCACCCUCCAUCGUCGUCCUGGAAGCGCUUUUACAGAGCCUUUCUAGCUGCCUACCCCUUUGUAAACAUGACCUGGGAGGGCUGGUUUCUUAUCCAGCAACUGUGCUAUAUCCUCGGGAAAGCUCAGCAUCAUUCACCCAUGCUGCGGCUGGCUGGCGUUCGCCUCGUCAGACUGACUGCAGAGGAUAUCCAGGCCCUGGAGAAGAAAUUGGCGGGAGCCACCUCACAUCAAACACACAGCAUUAAAACGCAAGUGCAGUCAGCAGUGAGGAAAGGGUUGGGUUGCAUCGCCUUCUCCCUGUCCACCGGGCUGUCCAUCAGCGUGUUCUUCCUCCAGUUCCUGGACUGGUGGUACUCCUCAGAAAACCAAGAGACAAUCAAAUCUCUGACAGCGCUCCCAACUCCUCCACCCCCCAUGCACCUCGACCACGGGGCCGGCUCAGCUCUCUUACCCAAACUGAAGACCGUGUGCCCUCUGUGCCGCAAAAUUCGCGUCAAUGCCACUGCCCUGUCCACGUCCGGCUUCGUGUUUUGCUACCGCUGUGUGUACAGUUACGUGAAGACUCACCAGCGCUGCCCCAUCACAGGCUACGCCACAGAGCUGCAGCACCUUGUCAAACUGUACUCUCCUGAGAGCUGAAAGGCCUGCCUCGUGCUUCCAGAGAGAUGCAUCUCCAAGGCUAGCGGCUGGGUAGCAGUAAGCCUAAAUUCUCCCCUUCUUACAUCCCAUAGAAGACUUUCGACCACUGCAGCUCAUCAGUGGGCUCUAAAGCUCCUUUGAACUUGGUGGUACAUCAGAGUUUUGCUGCCUUUGCGAAUUCUGGUAAGGCGCUCUCCUUUGUUUAUUAGCUGUUCAAACAUCCUGUGACAGUUUCAGAGGGAUCGGACAGCCACAAUCUGUCAGCUGGCACAGAAAUGCCUUCAAAGACCAACCGAAAGGGAAGAAACAUUGAUUUGGAUAAGAAGAAUGCAGAUGUGAGGAUCAAAGAGCAUCACUGGUAAAAGUCCUGCUCGAGGGCAUGAGCCAGCAAAUUAAAGAGGUAGGGAAAAUUCUCUAGGUGAGUUAUUCCUCCCUUAGCAGCUUCCCAGGCGCUUGUGCUGCCCAGGGCGAGCUCUGGCACUAGUGCUUGUCAAAGAGGUAGAGACAGGCCCAAACCUCUCCUCUGAUCAUGCUAUUCUUAAGAGCCUCCCUGCGUUUCCAGGCUACUCACCUUUGAAUUGAGAACAUCACACCCCUAAUUCCCAUCAACAGUUCUAAAUUAAGACUUUUGACUCUUUAAAGGAAGAAGAGGGGAUGUGUACAAACAUAGAUACAAGAGGAACAUUACAUUUUCUGCACGAGGGAGAAAAAUGACAAACCAGAUUAAAGCAGCAACUGUGCCAAAUGAUGAGAGUUGUUUUUCUGUUAAAUAAGUCUUUGCAUCUGUUAUUAUCUGCUUUUAUAAAGCAAAAUUCUUUCUUGAUUGAGAACCUAACUUAAUUCUUUUCUGGUUAUUGGAAAAAGAGUUUGCUCCUCUAGGGGCUCUGUUUACGUAAGGGAGACUAGACUAAAGCUGCUUUCAUCUUUGCAGAUGAUGAUAAUGGAUGUAAGAUUAGUAUUUUGUAGGUUGAGAAUCUUUAAUGUCUAUGUUUAAGUAUUACAUUGCAAUUAUUCCAGUCCCAACCAUGUAGCCCAUUCAUAUCGUAACAAAGCAUCCUUGCAUUGAACAGAGGAGAAAAGAAAACAUGUAUGACAUUAUGGCUGGUUCUUGCUUGACACCUGAUUUUUCACGAUGGAAGGUUUUUUCCUGACUCGGCUCUAGGGAGCAGCAGUUAGCUACGCCAGACAUCACGGUGACAUUGCUGAUAGAAUAUGAAGAGCAAAGUUUGCUGCACAAAGUACAUGGUCUUUCCAGAUUAAGAGAUAUGUUUGAACAUUUAAUCCACUGAACCAGUCAUCUCAUUUUCCCCCCACUUCAGCUCUGCUUCAGAAGAUAAAAAUCUCUAAUAUCCUCCCUCAGCUGUAAGCAAGAUAGCAAGGUUAUUGAAUAAUGUGGAAAAAUACAGCAAUUUGCAUCCUCCCAAAGAUGCUCUGGAAAACACCUACUGUAACAAAUGAGAUUUGUCCCUGAUGCUUGUCAUCUUAUCUCUAUACAACUUCUAGAGCCUUCUACCUGUGCCACUACGGAAUACUAAUAAAAACUGUCUUAUUUCUCCUUUC